AUGUCAUCCCGGGUCUCCACUGGCGCACGGCCAGGAGCUCGGUUUGCCCAAUUCAAGCUUGUUUUGCUUGGAGAGUCUGCAGUAGGAAAGAGUUCUCUUGUCCUGAGAUUUGUCAAGGAUCAAUUCGAUGACUACAGAGAAUCUACUAUCGGAGCUGCCUUCCUCACACAGACCAUCUCCCUCGACGACGCCACGACUGUCAAGUUCGAAAUAUGGGAUACGGCAGGCCAAGAGAGAUACAAGUCGCUUGCACCGAUGUACUAUAGGAACGCAAACUGUGCAGUCGUGGUUUACGACAUCACACAAGCUUCGUCCCUGGAUAAGGCAAAGUCAUGGGUAAAAGAGCUCCAAAGGCAGGCAAAUGAGAACAUCAUUAUCGCUCUAGCAGGGAACAAAUCAGACCUCGUUGCUGAACAUCCAGACAAGCGUGCUAUCACAACAGCAGACGCCGAAGCAUACGCACGGGAGGCUGGGCUGCUGUUUUUUGAGACAUCAGCAAAGACGGCGGAGAAUGUGCGAGAGCUCUUCACGGCCAUUGCACGAAAGUUGCCUCUUGAACAAGCUGGAAACCGCGGUAUGAGAGCGAAUCCACGACAAGGGGUUGAUCUGAGACCCGAGGCGCCUGGGACACAAGGUGGUGGAGCUUGCAAUUUCUGGGACGUUCUCGCCUCUCUGGGGCUCCUCAAUAAGCAUGCCAAACUCCUCUUUCUCGGCCUAGAUAAUGCGGGUAAGACCACGUUGCUACAUAUGUUAAAGAAUGACCGAGUCGCCAUCCUACAACCUACUCUACAUCCCACCUCCGAAGAGCUCGCAAUAGGCAAUUGCCGAUUCACAACCUUCGAUCUCGGUGGCCAUCAACAAGCCCGUCGUUUGUGGAAAGAUUACUUCCCCGAAGUCUCCGGGAUCGUGUUCCUCGUCGACGCAAAAGAUCACGAACGCUUCGCGGAGUCGAAAGCCGAGCUCGAUGCCCUCCUUGCAAUGGAAGAGCUGAGCAAGGUCCCAUUCUGUAUCCUUGGGAAUAAAAUUGAUCACCCAGAUGCUAUCAGCGAGGAGGACCUUAGGCAUCAGCUGGGCAUGUGGCAGACGACAGGAAAGGGUAAGGUGCCGCUGGAGGGUGUGAGGCCGAUUGAGGUCUUCAUGUGCAGUGUUGUUAUGCGGCAAGGGUAUUACGAAGCUUUCCGUUGGCUGUCCAACUACGUCUAA